AUGAUCAAGCCUACUUUCAUCGCUGCAUUUGCUGCUCUCGCCACGGCCAAAAUCGCCCCCAGUGUCCACCGCCACUUGGAAUCCAAUGAGGACGUGGACGUUGUGAUUGAAUUCAAAGGAGGCAACCAGCGCGCCCUGGAAGCCGCCCGUCGUGAGCGAGCUAGCUUUAAGGAUCGCGGCUCCAGCAUCGCCCAUUCCCCAACCCCCAUCGAUAUUGACGGCCAUGGCACCCACGUCACGGGUUCAGCUGUUGGCCAAAACGGCAUCGGGGUAGCUCCGGGUGCCACUUGGAUUGCUUGCCUCGGGUGCACCAACCGCAUAUGCCCUGAAGCGGCGAUCAUGGGAUGCGUGCAAUGGAUGCUGUGCCCGACGGAUGUCACCGGCAAAAACCCCAAGUGCGAGUUGGCGCCUGACGUGAUUAACAACAGCUGGGGAUUCAACGUGAGUACCACCGCUUACCAAAGCGUCAUCGACGCGUGGCGCGCUGCUGACAUCAUUCCCGUGUUUGCCAACGGCAACUAUGGUCCUAAAUGCUCAACAACUCCAACUGAUUACAAGAAUAUCAUUGCGGUGGGUGAACUGGGCUUCGACGACAAGCUGGCGAAAGAAAGCAGUCGCGGGCCAACCGCAGACGGUCGAAUCAAGCCCGAUGUGUCGGCUCCCGGAACUCGAAUUCGUUCGGCAUGGCACACUGGCAAUUCGGCCUACAACACCAUCUCGGGCACGUCCAUGGCGUCUCCUCAUGUCGCUGGUGCCAUUGCACUCUACUUGUCUGCCAACAAGGGCGCCAAGUACGAUCAAGUGUACAAAGCGUUCACGACCACUGCAGACACUGCCACGUUGACUCCAAACAACGAGAACUGUGGGGGGGUGUCGGAUUCCAAGUACCCCAACAACAACUACGGGUUUGGGCGUAUCAACGUCGCUAACGCAAUUGGAGGUGGAGUUGCCCCCCCGUCCCCCAGCACCCCUACCCCAUCGCCGUCGAAGCCCAGCACGUUAGGUCCAUCGACCUCGGGCCCCGCCACCCCGUUCGUCGUGGAAGCCCAGCAUAUCAAAUUCUUCGACCCCCGCCACCAGUACACGCCAUCCGUUGUCUAG